AUGGCGCCUCCAGUUUCCGUCGUCUGCGUGGGCAUGGCAGGCUCUGGAAAGACUACAUUCAUGCAACGAAUUAACUCACACCUUCACUCAAAACAACAAGUGCCGUAUGUGCUUAACCUCGACCCCGCGGUGCACUCGGUACCCUUCGAGAGCAACAUCGAUAUCCGGGAUUCGAUCAACUACAAGGAGGUCAUGAAGCAAUAUAACCUUGGACCAAAUGGUGGAAUCCUGACAUCCCUGAACUUGUUCGCCACCAAAGUCGACCAGAUCAUUUCCCUGCUGGAGAAGCGUACUGCUCCCAACCCGGAGAACCCCACUGCAAAGCAAAUCGAGCACAUUCUGGUCGAUACCCCUGGUCAGAUCGAGGUUUUCGUGUGGAGUGCCUCUGGUAGCAUUCUUUUGGAGACACUCGCUUCGUCUUUUCCGACUGUUAUCGCAUAUGUCAUCGAUACCCCGCGCGCCAGUUCAACCAGCACUUUCAUGAGCAACAUGCUCUAUGCCUGCAGUAUUCUUUACAAGACCAAGCUUCCGAUGAUUUUGGUCUUCAACAAGACCGAUGUGAAAGAUGCCGAAUUUGCGAAGGAAUGGAUGACUGACUUUGACAAAUUCCAAGAGGCUUUGCGGGAGGAAGAGGAAGCAGGUGCCUUCGGAGGUGAGGGCGGUAUUGGUGGAUUUGGAGCCGGAAGCGGAUACAUGGGAUCACUUUUGAACAGCAUGAGCUUAAUGUUGGAAGAGUUCUAUCGACACCUGAGCGUUGUCGGCGUGAGCUCCAUGACUGGUGAUGGAGUCGACGAGUUUUUUGAAGCUGUUGAGACCAAGCGACAAGAAUUCGAGCGUGACUACAAGCCCGAGCUUGAGCGCAAGAAGAAGGAGCGUGAAGAAAGCAAAGAUUCUCGGCGAGAGAUGGAGCUGGGCAAGCUGAUGCAAGACAUGAACGUCAGCGGGUCUAGUCGCCGGCCGAAUCAAGAGCCAGAGACUGUCAGUGAGGCAGAAGACGAGGAGGAUGAUAUCAUUAAGCGUGGGCUGGCAGAUGGAGAGGAUGAUAGCGAGGAGGAGUAUGUAGGACCCAGCGCCGGUAACGAUGAGGGCCUCUCUAGUCGUUACCAGGAAGCUCUGUCGGGGUCUCAAUCUACACCUUCAGACCAAGAUAACAGCUUCACAAGAUAUCUGCGGGCUAGCCAAAUCAAUCACGCUAACACUAAUGUGCUCAAGGUCUUUCAAGCCUACACUUACUCGACAGCAGGGUGGCUCACGUUACAAAGUGUGCCUUUGAUUGGCGGACCAAGCAUGAUCGUAGCCAUGCUUUCGGAUGAGACUCGGCCAGCCAGCUCCAUGGAAAUUUACUUUGCCCGAAGUUUCGGCUUCAGUCUUCUCACCGUAGCCGUGUUGACCGUGAUGCUCACGGGCUCGAUCCCUCUGGCAGCCAGCAUUGCUGAGCCUGUUACUACCCAAGACUCGGACCCCAAGGCACCUUAUGCCCUACCAACUCUCAUGGCGACUUCCGUGUUUCACGCUCUCUCGGCCUUUUACACAUACAGUUGGUAUGUCACCGGGGGACAGAGUGUAUUAGCGGUUGCGGUGGCUGGAAACUCGCUCCUUGCUUUUAUUGGACUCUGGUGUGUGUUGUUCGCAAGCAGCGACGGCAAGAUCAGUCGCCGAACUGGUGCGGACAAGAGGACAGCUGGGUUUCCAUUCUCCAACAAGGAAGCUGAUAAGAAGCGUGCUGGGAAGAAGCACAUUUAA